AUGAAGGCGUCCGUCUUCCUCGGAGACCUGAACGACUAUAUCCAGCCGUCCCAAGCUUGUGUGAACCCCUUGUUCACGUCGGACGAGGGUCUGGACCAAAACGACGGGGGGUCGUCUACUCCAGGCGUGGCCAAGAUCACACUCGAGACGGAGCUCCUGGACGAAGACUUUGCAAGGCCUGUACCUAUUCAGCCCAAUAUCAUUCGCUCGACCAAGCAGGAAAAGGCGACGAUCUCGCUCGAUGACUGUCUCGCCUGCAGCGGCUGCGUCACGUCAGCUGAGACCGUCCUCAUCUCACAGCAGAGUUUCCAAGAAAUGCUGGACGUGCUGGCCAGCAACACGUUCAAGCACGUGGUCGUGACGCUGUCGCCGCAGUCGCGCGCGUCGCUGGCCGUUCAUUUCGACCUCCCGGUGAUUACAGUGCACCGUAAACUCGUGACGCUCUUCCAUAGUCUCGGUGUCGAUCUCGUGAUCGAUUCCACAGCCAGCGGUGACUUUGCCCUGCUCGAGUCCCGUGCAGAGUUUUUACAUCGCUAUCGCAACCAGCAAAAGACGAUCUGGGCGCGACCGCCAUCCUCAGUGGCAGUCUCGGCUGACAAGACGGAGUUUCUCGAGCCAAGUACUGCUUUGAAUCCGUUACAGGACCCACUGCGAGCGCUGCCGAUGCUGGCGUCGUCGUGCCCUGGGUGGAUCUGCUAUGCUGAAAAGUCCCAGCCAAACGCUAUCCCAUUUAUUGACACGACCAAGUCCCCGCAACAAAUUGCCGGGUCGAUCAUCAAACGCUUUGUGAGUGGCGAACAUGGCGCUGCCCCGCACGAAGUGUAUCACGUUGCAGUGAUGCCGUGCUUUGACAAAAAGCUGGAGGCUUCACGCAAGGAUUUCCAAGACGCCGAGAACGCAACCAAAGAAGUAGAUUGCGUACUCGCUACGACUGAGAUCAUUGGACUGAUUGAGAAACUGGACGCUGAUUUUGCGGCUCUCGAGCUCGCGAAGCUUACGCCGGAGGAGAUCAUGCUGAGUGGCAUAUCAGACGACGGUUCCAGUGUAUUAGGCAGUAGCUUGAAUGCCAGCUCUGGCGGUCAACUUGAGCACAUUUUUCGCUUUGCAGCGAAGGAGCUCUUUGGUGUGGACGUCAACGGUCCGCUCGAGUAUGUUGUCGGGCGUAAUCCAGACUUUCGCGAGGUAUCGCUGGCAGUGGAGGGCAAAGAGGUGCUGAAGUUUGCAAUAUCGUAUGGCUUUCGCAACAUCCAAUCGAUCAUGACGAAGAUCAGGCGAAACAAGUGCCCGUACAACUACGUUGAGAUCAUGGCAUGCCCGAGUGGGUGUCUGAACGGAGGUGGUCAAAUCAAGCCGAAGUCGACGUUGCAAGCAACGGAGCUGCUUGAUAACGUCACGAGUCGCUUCCAGGAACUCCAAGUGCGUCAACCCAGUGCAACCCCAGCUGUCAAGCAUGUGUACGAAACGUAUUUGGGUGGAAUGCCAUUCUCCGAAGUAGCUCGCGAGGUCCUGCACACACAGUAUCACGCUGUUCCGAAGAUGGAACAGUCGAACCCUUUGGGCAUCAAGUGGUGA